AUGACUGACGGCGAGGCUUCACCAUGGAGGAGUGAGAAAAGACGUGUGCGUUGAUUCCCUCAUAGAUGUAGCCGGAGGAACGGGCGCCAUCUCACCUGCUGUUGGACCAUGGCCAGGGCGGUGGAGGACCCUCACUUGGGUCCGGGUCCCGACGAGGAGGACGGGUCUUCGUCGGGGUGGGACUCGGACAGCAUCCUGUCCGACGACUCCGUGCUUCCGGACUACUCGCGGGAAACAUGGGACGGGCGGACGGCGUCCACUCUCUACCAGGCGUGCGCCCGCAACAACCUGGCCGCUCUGCAGAGGGUCCUGGAGAGGGGCGUGACCAGAGACGAGGUGAUGGAGCUGGACAUCAACAACUGGAACGGCUUGAUGGUGGCUUGCUGCAAAGGCUUCCUGGACAUUGUGUACGCGCUGAACACCUGUCCUCAUGUAGACAUCAACCACCAGGACCAUGAAGGCAACACAGCACUGAUGAUCGCAUCCCAAGCAGGUCACGCCAGCACGGUCAUGUACCUCCUGAACUAUUACUCGGGAAUAGACACGGAAAUAAGGGACUGUCGCGGCUUCACAGCCCUCAUCAAAGCGGCGAUGACGGGCCGCGACGAUGUGGUGGCAGCACUUGUUAUGGCAGGGGCUGACAUUGGCGCCACAGACACCACGAGAGGAAAGUGCGCUCAGGACUGGGCCCAAAAAACGGGUCGCUAUGAGACGCUUUAUCGUCUUCGCCGCCUCACCAUGAGACCCAAAGCUGAGCAGUUCUGUGAAAGUUACGUCCCCGAGUGGCCCGAGCUCAGGCAGCGAGUGGCCAAGGCCACGGCGGAAAGGAGCGCCCGGGAGAAAAUCUCCCAGCACAUCAAGACCAAGUUCGCGUUCCGGUUUCCCCGUGACCCCGAGGACGAGGGGGUUCUGGACCACAUGGUGCGCAUCACCACCAGCCUCCACAGCCCGCUCAUUUCCACCGGCUGCCGUCCGCUGUGCCCCACCAGCCCCCCCGAAGCGGGCAAGAGACGCCUGGCCGUGCCCGAGCUGAUGAGGAAACACUCGGAGCGGGAGUUGGAGGAAAGCUCGGUGUGCCACAGCGACGGCUCGGCAUCGCACGCCAUUCCCUCCGUGCAAUCCGCCGAAUCCAUCGCCACCACCUGCUGCGCCGACGCCGACCGGCGGGGCAGCAUCAUCUCGCUGGCCUCCAACAAGGUGGCGUCCAGGUUCAUCCCGCGCAGCAUGGCCAGGAGGAACAGCGUCUUCCCCUCCGGCUGCAUCCCGCACAUCAACAUCAACAGGCCCACGGAGGCCACGCCAAAGAAGGAGAAGAAGAAGAAGAAGGUGGACAAGGACCACCUGGAGCCUCCCAAGUGGAGGUACAAGGAGAUCAAGGAGGAGAAGAAGAAGAAGGCCGAGCAGGAGAAGAAAAAGGACGGCAAAAAAUAAGUUGUUUUUUUUUACAAAUUCCACUCAGGACUCAUUUCAACAACACCAAAUGUUUGUUGAUGUUGACUCACGCUAUCUACCUCACCUCUUCUGUCAACGCUUGGUCAUAGAGUAAAGACAGCAAAUCAUCCUUUUGUAAUAUGCGCACUCUGGUCAAAGAUCCUCUAAAUAACAAGAGCGCUAUGCAGUUUCUUCAGGACUCGCGUAAAUGCAAAAAUGCAAGUCAAAGAUCCUCUGCAUGGCAGGGGGAUUCGGCUGUUUUUAUGGACCCACUCCAAAAAAAACACUAUUCAAAGAUCCUCAACAUGACAGAGUUACUGUUUUUCAGAACCGGCUUGUCAAAAAACCUCUCUAUAUGACAGGAUGCCUGUUUUUAAGAACCGGCUUGUCAAAGAUCCUCUCUAUAUGACAGGAUGCCUGUUUUUAAGAACCGGCUUGUCAAAGAUCCUCUAUAAAACAGGAGCACUCUGCUGGUUUUUAAGGACCUGCUACUAAAAUGCUGUUCAGAGACCCUUUAUAUAUGGCAGGAACGUUGUACUGUUUUAAGGACCUACUGCAAAAGUGGCUAUCGUCAAAGAUCCUCUUUAAAACAGGAACGCGCUUCUGUUUUCAAGGACCUACUGCAAAAAACGUUAGUCAAAGAUCUUCAACAUGACAGGGUUACGGUUUUCACAAACCUGCCAGUCAAAGAUCCUCCAUAAAACCACAGCACUCUGCUGUUUUUAAGAACCAACUACAUAACCACUAUUCAACGAUUCUUUAUAACUGUUUUUAAGGACAUGCUGCCAAAUGCUAGUCAAAGAUCCUCAACAUGACAGAUUUACUGUUUUUAAAAACCUGCUCAAAGGUUUCUUGUCAAAGAUCCAUUUGACUGCUGUUUCUGAGUACCUUCUCAAAGGUGGCUUGUCAAAGAUCCCUUUGACUGCUGUUUUUGAGUACCUUCUCAAAGGUGGCUUGUCAAAGAUCCAUUUGACUGCUGUUUUUGAGUACCUGCUCAAAGGUGGCUUGUCAAAGAUCCCUUUGACUGCUGUUUUUGAGUACCUUCUCAAAGGUGGCUUGUCAAAGAUCCAUUUGACUGCUGUUUUUGAGUACCUUCUCAAAGGUGGCUUGUCAAAGAUCCAUUUGACUGCUGUUUUUGAGUACCUUCUCAAAGGUGGCUUGUCAAAGAUCCAUUUGACUGCUGUUUCUGAGUACCUUCUCAAAGGUGGCUUGUCAAAGAUCCCUUUGACUGCUGUUUUUGAGUACCUUCUCAAAGGUGGCUUGUCAAAGAUCCAUUUGACUGCUGUUUUUGAGUACCUGCUCAAAGGUGGCUUGUCAAAGAUCCCUUUCACUGCUGUUUUUGAGUACCUUCUCAAAGGUGGCUAGUCAAAGAUCCCUUAAAUAACAAGAGCACUCUGCUGUUUUUGAGUACUUGCUACAAAAAUUGCUAGUCAAAGAUCCUUUCUUUAUGACAAAAGCACUGAAAUGGUUUUGACCUCAUACUGUUUAGUCAAAGUGCUCUACGGUUUUUUAUACUGUAGAAAUGCUGGACAAAGAUCCUCUCACAUCACGGUAUUGCUGUUUUUAGGGACCACCUACAAAACCGCUAUUCAAAGAUCCUAUAUAUAGUAUAUGACAGGAACACUGCUGUUUUUAAGAAUUUACAAAAAUGCUAGAGAGAGAUCAUCUAUAAAUGACAGAAGUAUUAUGCUGCUUUUAAGGAUCUAUUGCAAAAAACGCUGGUCAAAGAUCCUCAACGUGACAGGAUUGUUACUCUUUUUAAGGGCCAGCUCCAAAGGUGGAAAUUCAAAGAUCCUCUACAAAACAGGAGCAGUCUGUUGUUUAAAAGGCGCUACUGUGACAGGCUCCCAUGGAUGGAUGAUACUACAAAAACACUAGUCAAAGAUCCUCUAUGUAACAGAAGUCUCUGCUCUGUACUAUGACCAAACACAAGUACCAGCUGACUAACCCUAAUCUGAUUGAUAUCAUUUCAUGCACUUUUUCAUGUUUUUUUCUUUCUAAAUAAACAAUGAUUAUAUGUGUAAAAACAAGAUGUAUAUAUUGUAAAUAUGUAGUGAACAUGAAUAUGCAUUAAAGCUCAUACCAGUCAUU